AUGGCUCAGCCAGUCGACUUCGUCGCAGAGCAGCUCUUUGACGGCUGUACGGACAAGAAGAAAGCUCAACAGGCUGUGCAUAUGACGUAUCUAUUGGCGGAGAUUCACUAUAGGGAUACCAGACAAUGGCAAGACAAGGCUCACGGUCUGUUGAAACGGGGUAAAGAGCUCGAAACUCGUCUUUCGGAACCUGAAGAAAACCUUGACAAGGCGGAGGCUGAGAUACAUCCCAACGCUCAGACGCUGCGGGAUCUGGCCACGGACGUGCGGGAUAGCGCCAACGAGAAAACCAAUACGAGACUCGAGGCUAUUGAACGCCUAGUCGCUUCUCUACUGGAAAACGACGUCGAAGCGGUCCAAGCCAGAGCCCAUGACGACAACACCGGGUUUAGAGCGAGUGCUAGUGCCCAUCCAACGGUCAAGCGAAAGCCAAAUUCAGAGAUCACAGACUCGGCCAAGCGCCACCGUAGCGACGCGUUCUCAGUUCCGAACCAACCGGUUGAGCUAGUCGGUAGUGAAGAGCAAGGAGGAGUCCGGCUGGAUGACGAUCCCAGGACGACGGAUCUCCAGCAGCGCAAAUCACUCUUCGGUAACCCAGAGGAAGAGGAAGAGGUCCUCAAGAUCAGCCAGACCGCUAAAAUAGGCGGCGACGACACUAGGGACUACUCGUCCUUCUGCAAGAACGUUGGAACGGACAAGGGCGGCGUUUCUCACCAUGUCGUCGACUCCAUACCGUUGAAGGAGUUCCACAGCAUCCGAAUGGCGUAUUUCCUAAAGGGCCAGGAUGAGGGCGUAGACGACUAUAAUAUGUUUGAGCAGGCGCUGGAACAGAUCGAUACGAGUCAGCUCCUGAAGUCGGUCAAUCUAAUGGCGAACCGCAUUGCGGCGGAGACAAUGGCUAUGAAUGCCGGCGCUCUCCCUUUCGGACAGACCGUACCGUUCGACACCUACUACGCGAAGGUGCGCGAAAGUAUCUUCAAAAGGUUAUCCACGCUGCCGACAAAUUGCGAGCUCCCAAAUCUGAUGGAGAACCCAGCUGCAGGCAUGCUUACACUUGAAGAAGCGUCCAAACUUGCUUUCGAGUCUGGCGAGGUCGUAUACGAAGAACUCGCUUAA